AUGCCGAAAGAGUUAGUAAACGUUUAUCAUUGUGAUGUAUGUAAAAAGUCUUUUUCUCAAAAAGGAAACUUAACGACUCACAAACGCAUUCACACAGGAGAGAAACCAUUUUGCUGUGAUGUUUGCAUCUGUGGUAAAUCUUUCUCUCGUACGUAUAGCUUAAAUAUUCACAAAUAUAUCCAUACAGGUGACAAGCAAUACCACUGUGAUAUCUGUGGUAAAUCAUUCUACGGAAAUCAACAUUUAAUUAGCCACAAACGUGUUCAUACAGGAGAGAAACCGUUCCAUUGUGAUGUCUGUAAUAAAUCAUUCUCUCGUAAUUAUGAGUUGACUACUCACAAACGGAUUCAUUCUGGGAAGAAGCCAUAUGUGUGUGAUACAUGCGGUAAAUCUUUCACUCGAAAUUAUGAUUUAACAAGCCACAGGAACAUUCAUACAGGGGAGAAGCCAUAUUAUUGUGAUAUCUGUGGUAAAUUAUUCUCUCGAAAUAUUGAGGUAAUUUCUCACAAGCGUAUUCAUACAGGAGAGAAACCGUAUCAAUGUGAUAUCUGUGGAGAAUCAUUCUCUCAGAGAAAUACCUUAACAGGACACAAACGUAUUCAUACGGGAGAGAAACCAUAUCACUGUGACAUCUGUGGUAAAUCAUUCUCCAUUGGAAAGACUUUAACUAGGCACAAACUUAUUCAUACAGGUGAGAAACCAUUUCACUGUCUUACCUGUGGUAAAUUGUUCUCUCGAAAUGAUAACUUAACUACUCACAAAUGCAUUCAUACUGGAGAAAAACCAAUCUGAUAUUUGUGGACCAUCAUUCUUUCAAAGUGGUGAAUUGACUAGACAUAGAUGUGUUCAUACAGAACAGUAACUACUAUAUAUACUUGCAAAUGGAACAUAUUUUUCAACAAAAAUUUUUAUAUAAAUCAGGUGUGUGACCUAUCCAUGCGACAUCACAGGGAUCUGAAGGUGACAGGAGCAUAUCAAUAGUCCAGGUAUAUGCCCUGGGCUUUUUAGUUUCCAAGU